CUGGUGAUGCUGCUGCCAGCUGAAUGAGCCCUCGGGUGAAGCGUGCCCUCACCCGCGUUGAUGCUCCCAGUCGACAUGACCAGCCUGCGGAGGCUCCUGAGCAGGAGACUCCACCCCUGGAAGCUGCUGGCGGCGGCCCUCCUCUUCCUCACCUUCCUCUUCCUCCUGCAGCGGGAGGUGGUGAGUCCGGGUGGCCGGGAGGAGGACCCCUGGCUGAAGGAGAUAGCGGAGAAGCGGGACGCUAUGCUGGGGAUGGUGCUGGGGGCCGUCAAUAACUUCCGGGAGGCGGUGCCAAAACUGCAGAUCGGGGCGCCGAUCCGACGGCCGGGGGGCAGGGGGGACGGGGCGUGUCUGCCGGGGGUGUACACUGCGGCCGAGCUGCGGCCCGCCCUGCAGCGCCCCCCUCAGGAUGCCAGCUCUCCGGGGGCAUCCGGGAAGCCCUUCCACACGGAAAACCUGAGCCCCGCCGAGCAGCUGGAGAAGGAGAGGGGGGAGGAGAAGCACUGUUUCAACCUGUUCGCCAGCGACCGCAUCUCCCUGAGCCGAGACCUGGGGCCCGACACCAGACCGCCAGAAUGCAUCGAGCAGACGUUCAAACGCUGCCUGCCCCUGCUGACCACCAGCGUGAUCAUCGUGUUUCACAACGAGGCGUGGAGCACGCUGCUGCGUACGGUCUUCAGCGUGCUGCACACCGCCCCAGCCGUCUUCCUCAGGGAGGUCAUCCUCGUGGACGACGCCAGCACUGACGAGGUGCUGAAAGAGGAGCUGGAUAACUACCUGAAGCGGCUGCGUGUCGUCCGGGUGGUGCGUCAGCGGGAGAGGAAGGGGCUCAUCACCGCCCGCCUCCUGGGCGCCUCUGUUGCCACCGGCGACAUCCUCACCUUCCUGGACGCUCACUGUGAGUGUUUCCAGGGAUGGCUGGAGCCCCUGCUGGCCAGGAUAGCGGAGAACUCCACGGUGGUGGUGAGUCCUGACAUCACCACCAUCGACCUGAACACCUUUGAGUUCAUGAAGCCCUCCCCCUACGGGCAGAACCACAACCGGGGCAACUUCGACUGGGGCCUGUCCUUCGGCUGGGAGAGUCUGCCCGACCAGGAGAAACACAGGAGAAAAGACGAGACCUAUCCCAUCAAAACUCCAACAUUCGCUGGGGGUCUCUUUGCCAUCUCCAAAGAGUACUUCUAUCACAUCGGAGGCUACGAUGAGGAAAUGGAGAUCUGGGGAGGGGAGAACAUCGAAAUGUCAUUCAGAGUGUGGCAGUGUGGGGGCCAGCUGGAGAUCAUCCCCUGCUCCAUCGUGGGGCACGUCUUCCGCACCAAGAGCCCCCACACCUUCCCCAAGGGCACGCAGGUGAUCGCCCGCAACCAGGUGCGCCUGGCCGAGGUCUGGAUGGACGAGUACAAGGACAUCUUCUACCGCAGGAACCAGCAGGCCGCACAGAUAGCCAGAGAAAAGUCGUUCGGAGACGUCUCCCGGCGCGUGGACCUCCGGCGGAGCCUGCGGUGCCAGAGCUUCUCGUGGUAUUUGAGGAACGUGUACCCCGAGGCCUUCACUCCCGACCUCAGCCCACUGCAGUUUGGCGCGGUGAAGAACCUGGGUAAGGACUCGUGUCUGGACGCAGGAGAGAACAACGAGGGUGGGAAACAGCUGAUCAUGUACCCCUGCCACGGCAUGGGGGGGAACCAGUAUUUCGAGUACUCCACACACCGUGAGGUCCGGCACAACAUUCAGAGGGAGCUGUGUCUACACGGCACAGAGUCGGCAGUGAAGCUGGAGGACUGCCAUUACAAGGGCCACGGUACCUUCCCCGGAGCCGAGCAGAAGUGGGAGCUCAAGGAGAACCAGCUGCUGUUGAAUGCCGGGUGGCAGCUGUGUCUGACUGCCCGCCACCAGCACCCCUCUCUCGCCCCUUGCAGUGCCACCGACAGGUACCAGCUCUGGGUGUUCACCUGAGAUCCCUGCCCGAAAACCGAGCACAGCGGUACUGUCCCAUCUGGGACGUGAUGACACCCCCCCACA